UCUUAUGGUAAACCUAGUCUUUGCACCGCAGUGCAGCAGUAUGAUAACACAGAAGGCCGUUAACUGGGAAUAAACUGACACUCAAUGUUCGAAAUAGGCAAUAGCGGUGACCAUUAUUCUAUAGAAAGAAACAUCGAUCGCUAGUAGACCAUAAACUAGAAGAUAAAUAUAUACAUGAAACCAAGAAUUUACUAGUUAAGUCAUUACUGGCGUUUCUCUUGAUACCGCACUUGUUCAAGCAAGCAUCAAUACCGAGGGCAAUAUUCGCAGGAAUAUGACUGCGGAAGGACUCAAUAUCCCGCCGCCAAGCAAACUGGCAUGAAGAUCCUUGUUGGCGUCUGGGCCACCGACGAUGCUCACUUCGGCCGCGACAAGGCCGCUCUUCUCAAAGUCAUCAAGCAGUACGGCACCGACUGGAUCGCCGCUAUUUCCGUCGGUUCCGAGGACUUGUACCGCAAGGACAUCUCCCCUGACAAGCUGGCCCAGCAGAUCUACGACGUGCGCGGUAUGGUGCGCCAGUUCAACAAGAACCUCAAGGUCGGCCACACCGACACAUGGACUGCCUGGGUCGACGGCCGCAACGACGUGGUCACCAAGGCGUGCGACAUUGCCAUCACCAACGGCUUCCCCUACUGGCAGGGCGUUCCCAUCAAGGAUGCGCUGCGCCUCAAGACCUUCCAGAACUCGUACUGGAAUGUUCAGAAGCACGUCAAGGCUGUCAACAGCAAGGCUGCUGUCUGGGUUGGAGAGACGGGAUGGCCGACUAAGGGACCUAACUACCAGAAGGCCGCUGCUACUACCGCUAGCCUGCAGAGCUACUACAAUAAUGUUGGAUGCUGGCUCUGGCAGCAGAAGGAUGCUAGUGGUUUCUGGUUCACUGCUUUCGAUGCGCCUCUGGCUACCCCUGAGGUUGAGAAGUACUUCGGUAUUGCCAACAAGGACCGCAAGCUCAAGUUCAGCCUGACUUGCUAG